GCAACCCUGUGCUGCUUUUCUUGCUAAAUACUUGGGAAAUAUCUCUGUGCUAUACCUUUCGAAUAGUCUCCUGUUCUCUCUAUAAGAAGAUCUGUUUCUUAUUCCGUACUUCCUAAGCUAUCAGGCUGAUAUUACAAUAUGGACCACUCAAUGCACCACGCGGGGAUGGAUAUGGACCAUGGUCAUGGACAUGGGGAUAUGGACAUGGGAGGACAGUGUAAUAUGAAUAUGCUCUUUACAUGGUCCUCUAAAGACCUUUGCAUUAUAUUCCGCCAGUGGCGUGUCGACGGCCCCUUCUCCCUCCUUGUCUCCUUGGUUGUUAUUGUGCUUUUGACGGCGGGUUACGAGGGUAUUCGACAAUUGACUAGGCGGUAUGAGGCAGCGCAUGCACAACGGCUGAAUGCGUUCAAUACGCCUGCUGUGGGAGGCAAUGAGAACGUCGGCGAAUCUGCCCCGGCCACCGCCCCUUCAAGCCAUGCUCCUCAUUCCUGCGACGAAAGCUCACCGCUACUUGUAGGUAGGGACAACAGGAGGGUUGUGGAGCAGCGGGGAAAGCUCAUCAUGGCCGCAUUAUAUGCUGUGCAAGUCUUCUAUAGUUUCUUUAUCAUGUUGCUGUUCAUGACGUAUAAUGGGUUGGUCAUGAUUGCAGUUGCCGUUGGAGCAUUCGUAGGGUAUCUUGUGUUCGGGGAGAAUAUGUCAGCUGCAAAGACCGUUGCUUGCCAUUGAUCAGUCCCUUUCAGAUAAUUGUUGCGUCUCAGAAUUAGUGGAAAGUUUCAAGCUUGGCAAAGCUUAGCGGUGAGCCGCUCAAUAG